UUAAACCCUAAUCUCUAUCUCUCUCUCUCUCUCUUCCCCCAAGUCUCUCAAUGACCACCGCAGUUUCGCCGCCGCCGCAGGAGCAGACGGAGCAGCAACUUGUUCCCGCUUCGCAGACUUCAAGAGUGAGUCCCUAUACGGUGGGUAGCGCCCUCAAUGGUCUUACCAAGUGGAGAAGCGAGAAAUCAAAGACAGAGAAGCCUCAACUUCUAGAGCAAGACGAGCUCGUCUACCUAAUCGCUUCUCUGAAGAAGAUUCCACAGACAAGCCGUACGAAUGCUUACCGUAUCCCUUUACCUCAUCCUCUUAUCAACCCGACGGAAGAUUCGCCGGAGCUUUGUCUCAUCAUCGACGACAGACCUAAAAGUGGUCUCACCAAAGCUGAUGUGAUGAAGAAGAUCAAAUCUGAGAAUAUUCCGAUCACUAAGGUUAUUAAGCUUUCGAAGCUGAAGACUGAUUACAAGGCGUUCGAAGCGAAGAGGAAACUCUGCGACUCUUACGACAUGUUUUUCGCUGAUCGGAGGAUCAUUCCUCUGCUUCCGAGGGUGAUUGGGAAGAAGUUCUUUACGAGCAAGAAGAUUCCGGUGGCGAUUGAUUUGAAGCACAAGAACUGGAAACAGCAGAUAGAGAAAGCUUGUGGAUCUGCUAUGUUCUUCAUUAGGACUGGGACGUGUAGUGUCAUUAAGGUUGGGAAAUUGUCUAUGGAACUUAACGAAAUUAUUGAGAAUGUGAUGGCGACAUUGAAUGGAGUAGUUGAGUUAUUGCCUAAUAAGUGGAAAUACGUUAGGUCUUUGCAUUUGAAGUUGUCUGAGAGUUUAGCAUUGCCUAUAUAUCAGUCUGUACCUGAUUUGAAGCUCAAAAUCGAUGCUUUUGCAACCGGAAAGAGUGUUGUUAAGGAGGAGAAGGAAGGUGAAGUUGAAGCUGCUGAUGGUGGAGAGAAGAGUGUUACAGGGAAGGGAAAGAAGAAGAAAGGUAGGAUUCAUGAGGUUAGAUAUAUGGAUAGUAAUGUAGCUGAGGUGCUUGAUGAGGAUGAGAUUGGUGGUGAUGAGGAUAAUAAUGUGAUUGUUGAGUCUGAGGAAAAGGAGGAGAAGAAGAUGAAGAAGAGGAAGGAGGAGGUAAGUGAGGUUGCAGAGAGUGUGAAGCCGAUGAAGAAAGCUGCCAAAGGGAAGUUGAAACCCGAUGUUGAGAAGGGGAUGAUGAAAUCAGAUGUUGUGAAGAGUAAGGAUGGGUUAAAGGCGAAAAAGACCACAAAGAUUGCAAAGGACGAGUCUGGAGGUGGAUUGAAGCCGAAGAGGAAGAAGAGUGUGCUUAGAAAAUGAGGCAAAGGAAGAUCUUGAGUGUUUGCUUUUUUAAAUUGAGUAAGAUUUAUGUUUUAUUUUCUAUCGUAGUUCUUAUUACAUUUUUGAGCCCUUUCAUAUCGUGUACUACUACUAUGAAACAUCGAACUGGUGAAUGUGGUUUGAUGCUUUUGUGGAGGAAACAUACUGCUAUGCACCUUUUAAUGUUUUUCUUUUUAAACAAAGACUAUUUAUUAA